AUGGCUUCCCGAAAGAAACAGAGCAAUGCCCGGAAACGAGAUGGUAUCCACUUCGUCAAUGCCAGGCCGUCCUCCGAGACCGAGCGACUCACGGCCCAACGCCUGGUGCGCGCCCAUGUUGGCCGAUGGAUCUCCGACCAGACCAAGGGCCGCUCGACGACCGAUGAACCCUCCUCCAACACCGCGACGAACCCCCUUCGAAACUCAAUCAGCAGCGACCAUGCCGAGUCGUCUUACCCCCUCGUGUCGCGUCCGUCGCCCUAUGCCGCGCACCGCGCACUGGCCAUGGGCGCGGGUUCUUUGCGCCCGCAGGGCGAAUGGCCACGAUCCCCUUUCCCACCCGCGAGCGAUAGCAGUGAUAGCAGCAGUGAUGACACGAACUCAAUGACAAACCUGGGGGAGCCUGUUGCCAUUUUUACGUGGGACGAGGUCCCCCGCAUCGAGCCGCCGAUAUCAGGAUUCUUAGAUCCAUUCACCCAGUACCCCUCGAAAUUCUCGCCAGAAGUGGUGAAUCUCUGUGAAAAUUACUGUCUGUCGGUGCUGUGGCCGGGCCUUAUUCCAAAGUCAAUGGGGCAUGAGAAAAAAGCGGGCGAGACUUGGUUCCCGCUUGCGCUGUCGGACCCGGCUCUCUUCACGGCAUUCAUGUUCGGAUCGUUAUGCCAUCAGCGUGUUCAGUGGCUCAAGGGCUGGGUUCCUGGGUCCAGCUUUGGGUCUAACCAGCAGCGCACCCUUCAAUUGUGCGAGAUGGAGUCGAUCAACCUGAUUAGUCAGGCCGUGCAGGAUCCCACUCGUGCGGUUAGUGACGCCGUGCUUUUGAGUGUCAUUUGUAUGGCCCAUCAUCAAGCGUUGGAAGCGAGUCCCGACCAGUAUCGGAGAACACCAUUUACUCCGCCAUUCCAACGCUUACAGUGGCUGGAUGUAUAUGGUCAUCUGCCACCGAACAUGAUUCACGUCUCAGGAUUGGUUCAGCUAGUGAAGAUGCGGGGGUUAAAGAACAUCAAGCUCCACGGCUUGCGUCCGACUAUCUGUUUCUCCGAUGUCAUGACUGCAAGUUGUCUAUGCAUCGCCCCAUGCUUCGAGUUCUGCGCCAUCGACGAGAGUAGAGGUGACAAAUCAGUACAAGAACUGCUCGGCUUCGGGCCCUCUGAUAUUGAGCAUAGCUUCGGGUGGCUACAGAACAUCGGUGUCACACCUCAAAUGGCAGAGGCACUGCAAGCAGCAACCACCUAUGUCAACAUCAUGAAAGGCUGCAUGGAAGCCGGGUACGAAGUCUCUUUACUCUCGGAUCAGCGCAACCUUGCGCAGUACACACUCCUUUCUGUCCCAGCCGCCGCAGAUAUACAGAGCGCCUUCUCGCACCCUACCGAGGAAGCCACCUACGAAGCCUGUCGCUUGGCCAUGUUGAUCUUUUCAGUCGGCGUUGUCUUCCCUAUCCCCGCAAAUAAUACCCCACUGUUGCGUCUGGCGCAGUUGCUCCAGGCUGUUCUGCGCCAGCCGAAUGCUUCUGUCCUCUGGUCUUCUCCGAACCAUAGCAUUCCCCUGAUCUGGAUCUUGACCCUUGGGGGUAUCGCUGCGUUCGAUGGUGGCCCCGAAAGGCCGUUCUUUGUAUCUGCUCUGCGCGAGACUACCCGGCGCAAUGGGCUGUCUUCUUGGGCGGAUGUAAAACGUGCCUUGGAAGUGAUGCUUUGGUACGAUAUUGCCUGUGACGAAGCGGGUGAAAGCCUUUUCUCUGAAGCUUCAAGAUCUUACAUCAUGGAGUGA